UGCUCGGCGGCAGUCAUGCCACUAAGCGACGCCGCCGCGAAGGAUGCGGUGGACGCGAUAAUCCGCCGUGAAUUGACGGAUCCGUCAUUGAAUACGAAGAAGAAGCGUGCACCGUUUUCGCCGGUUGAGCAUGGACUUCGCGAAGACUUUCGCCUCACGUCUUUCAGCGAACUGAAAGGAUGAGGCUGCAAGCUGCCCCAGGAAAAACUACUCACUUACAUAUCUGGGAUAGCUAACGACCUCAAACCCAACGAGACUCCAGGAAUGGACUCGAGUCUGGUCAAGAUCAAGAACCCGUUAAUGAAGGACAUGUACCAGGUGUCGACCACCGACUUCUUUUACCCCUUGGUACAAGAUCCUUAUGUUCAAGGACGCAUUGCGUGCGCCAACGUCCUGUCCGAUCUGUACGCCAUGGGCGUCACCGAGGUGGACACGAUGCUCAUGAUCCUUGGAGUUUCGCGCCUCAUGACGGACAUCGAGCGCGAUGUUGUGACAACACAGCUGAUCCAUGGCUUCAACGAUUUGGCGCGGGAAGCAGGAACUAAUGUGACUGGAGGGCAGACUGUGAUGAACCCGUGGCCCAUCGUGGGUGGCGUUGCCAUGAGCGUUCGCCAUGAAUCCCAAAUCAUUCGUCCUGAAAACGCCAAGGCAGGCGAAGUUCUCGUCUUGACCAAACCCCUCGGAACCCAACUCGCCGUCAAUGCAUUGCAAAUGAAGGACCAGCCGCAUCGGUGGCAAAAGGUGCAGCACUUCUUGACCAAGGAAGCGGCCGACAUAGCGUUUGCCAAAGCAUCCGAGUCCAUGGAGCGAUUGAACAUCACCGCGGCAAAAUUGAUGCACAAGUAUGGAGCGACGUCGGCGACAGACGUGACUGGUUUUGGCAUCCUCGGCCAUGCUUCGAAUUUGGCCAAGUCACAGAAGAUGGCUGUGGAUUUUAAGCUGCACACACUGCCCAUCAUCAAAGACAUGCUCGAGAUCAAUGCAGCUUUCAAUAACAAUUGGAGGCUGCCGCAAGGGUACUCGUCCGAAACGUCAGGGGGACUGCUCGUGACGUUGCCAGCUGAAAAUGCCGAGGCGUAUAUGCGUGAAUUGGAAGUGCUAGACGGCCAACCUGCGUGGCUCGUUGGCCGAGUAGUCGAUGGUUCGAACAAAGCGCGAAUUCUCGACGACGUAAAAUUUCUUGAAGUCUAAAGGAUUCCCACCCCAUGACGAGUUCAAGUUGACGAAGUGGAGAGCGAGCGCCCGUGGCCCUGUUUUGAGUAGUUCAGGGCAUCGUGGCAGCGACGGGCAGCGCGAAUGACGGGGCGCCGUUUCACUUGUUCCAAAGCAUGGCGUCCCUGACAUGCACUCCCCCCUCCAUCCCGACAGUUCUCGUCCACGGAAUGGUUAUCAUGCAGAUAGUUGAAGACUGACACGCCGUUAAGUUAAGAGUUUGGCAGUUCAUAUUUGGAAA